UGUUUACAAAUAGAGCGAUAAAAGUUUCUUUCUUUCUUUUUUUCGUUCGGUGGAGCCUCGAUGGAGUACGAAAGACGAUCCCACCACCUGGCCUUGGAUCCCGUAUCGGCCAAUGGAAAAGCGAAUUCGAUCGCGUGAUGACAACAAAAAUCCACUUUGUGAGGUGCUGAAAUACAGUAAAGUCUUCGUUUACGGUACAUGCACAACGGUUUCGAUUUCGAACUGCGUGAGAUACUUGCUCUUGGAAUUUACGUUACGAGUUACGAAUCAAACUGGAAAAAAUCGCGGGAAGCGGGAAUUCGUUGGGGUCCGAAAUAUGAAACUUUCAUGAAAAAUGAACUAAAAUUAUUGCCAUUUACUCACUGUCCGAUGCGGGAAUUCAGAGGACAGGUUGGAGGCUACAUCGAGGUUCGACCAAGUCGAAAUAUCUUCAUUUGUGUUUUAUUCGAUCUUUCCCAUAAGGAUAACACAGUUUUCAAAAUUGCAAAAAAUAAUUUCAAUCGUCCCUUCACUUAUUAAUUUUAUUUUACAAUUGUUUAUGGCAAAUGCUUUGUCUGUC